UAUAUGAGGCUGCAAAUACAAGUUUGCAGCUACCGACAAAUUUCUGUGAUAUUAGUUGUCACACGCGUCUUGCACCUCACAACGGCAUACAGUUGAGUGGCUGCAGUACGGAGUACUAAUCCUAACAUUUAGGGAUAGUGACCAACGACUGCCCAGUACAUAUUUUCAAUACAUUUUGGGGCCAGACUAUUAAGUUACUAUCGAUUUGGCCUUCCUCCCUGCUGGAACUGGAACAUGAACGCGAUGCGAUCCUCUCAUCGCAUCCCUCCUGAGCAGCUGCAACAGAAAAAGCCAUCACAGAUCAAAUUCAUACGUGCGGCGCAAAUGAGCCUCUUUGCAAACAUAUCAUCAUGGCCGCCGUUGGGGCAAGUUACAUUCUUGAAGAGAAGAGGAGACAAUAUUUCUGGAGAUAAGGCCAGAUUCACCAUUUUACUUGAGGCAAGCAGUUCAUUUCCAGAGCAGGGCUGGGAAGUUUCUAUCUGGCAUAAUGUUUACGGAGACUGGAAAGAACUUACCCUACAAAAAGUCACUGGGCAAAAGGUUCCUGUGGCCUCUGGGCGAAAGACUGGUGGGGAUUACCAUCGGCAUACAUUUAGCGGAGAACUUGGAUUUCCCAAGGAAGGAAAAUAUGCGUCAUUCACGGUUAAAUAUAGAAUCGGCCCUGACACGGAGUGGCAAUGGGUGAAGGAACAGUUUGGGACCAAAGACGGGGAAAUUGUUUUUGAACCACCACAGACUUGGAUCGAUAAAUACCGCGAUGGUCAUCCUACAGAUCAAUUGAACAACUUUAUUGAGACUUUCAAUACCGAAUUGGAUGUGCAACGUCGUGCGAGCGAAACCCCAGGUGCAGUUUUAUGGAGCAUCGCCGGGAAAGCCCCUCGUGCAACAGAUGGUAAAAGCGGACGUGCAACACUGGCACUUGGUUCCCCGAGGGAGUUCGUGAGAAACUUUUCACUUGUUCGCAUAUGGAGCCCAUGGCUGGCUCCGAGGCAUGGAAUGGAGACCUAUCGACUAACAGAAGACGCUGUUUUGUCGUCGUUUCUGCGCAAGGAUGGCCUGUCACUGGUGCUUCUCGCCGUGAGCGGUCCGGCUAAUAUCUCAACAACGCUGCAGUCGAGCAAGUCAGGGGUCGUCAUCUCUGCGAGAAAUGACGAAAUGAAACAAGCUGAUGUGAAGGUACUCGCCGCGGUUGCUCCAUCCUUCAGGCUUGCCAUUGCUGCCGUAAUAUAUGAGGCGAGAAAAUUGGAGAGGCUCGUUGCCGAAUCGCUUGGUAAACCGACGCAAACGCUGACCUCUGACAGUUUUUCAAAAGAACCCGAUGAUCUCAGCGCUCAGUGGCUUUCAAGCUGGUAUGACGGCUUGGCGUACUGCACCUGGAACUCACUGGGUCAGAGCUUGACAGAAGAGAAGAUUCUCAAUGCAUUGGACACUUUAAAGGUCAACAACAUCAACGUUGUCAAUCUUAUCAUCGACGAUAACUGGCAAUCCUUGGACAAUAAAGGCAAGUCUCAAUUCCAACGAGGCUGGACACGAUUUGAAGCGAAUGAAGAGGGAUUCCCGAAAGGAUUAAAACAUGCCAUUAAUAGCGUCCGUGCAAAACACCCAAACAUCAAGCAUAUUGCCGUCUGGCAUGCUCUCAUGGGGUACUGGGGAGGGAUUUCUCCCAAUGGAGAGCUAGUACGGAACUACAAAACCAAGGUAGUCAAAAAGGUCGACCGGGUCGCGGGAGGAACCAUGCUUGCUAUUGACCCCGACGACAUUCAUCGCUUCUAUGACGAUUUUUACUCGUUCUUGUUAGCGGCCGGGGUCGACUCCGUGAAGACGGAUGCGCAGUUCUUUCUUGACACUUUAGACAAUGCGACUGACCGAGCUCGAUUCACCACGGAGUACCAAGAUGCAUGGUCAAUCUCGCUGUUGAGGUAUUUCCAAGCAAGGGGUAUAUCCUGCAUGUCGCAAACGCCUCAAAUAAUAUUUCAUUCGUACCUACUGACCACGAAACCGCGCAUCUUACUGCGCAAUUCUGACGAUUUCUUCCCGGACAUUCCUAGUUCCCAUCCCUGGCAUAUAUUUUGCAACGCACAUAACUCGCUAUUGACACGUCAUCUUAAUGUUAUUCCAGACUGGGACAUGUUCCAAACAAACCAUCCAUAUGCCUCCUUUCACGGAGCAGCCAGAUGCAUAUCAGGCGGACCGAUAUAUAUCACGGAUGAGCCGGGAAAGCAUGACUUUGAACUUAUUAACCAAAUGACUGCGCUGUCAAUUGAUGGAACUAGCGUCAUUCUUCGACCAAGCGUUCCGGGAUCCACGGUUGACGUUUAUCACAACUAUAAUGAAGGACAGCUUCUGAAAGUAGGAAGCUACACUGGACAAGCACGCACUGGAAGUGGGAUGCUCGGUCUGUUCAACAUCAGCGGCCAAGAUGUAUCCUCUCUGAUAUCUAUCCUCGACUUCCCUGGAGUUAACUCCGGCACUGAAACCGAAUACGUCGUUCGCGCACAUUCAACAGGGAAUAUGGCGAUAGGGCCAUGUGAUCAAAGUUUUCUGCUUUCUGUUGGUCUCGAGCCAAGAGGCUGGGAAAUCCUCACAGCAUACCCUGUUCACGCCUUUUCUUUGGAUAGGAAGUGUUCGGGGUCUGAAUUGACGCGGGUUGCAGUUUUGGGUUUCCUGGACAAAAUGACUGGCGCUGCAGCGAUAGUCGGUUUUGAUGUUGCUAUCUCGCAUGGUGGUCGACUUCGCUUCGAUAUUACCCUUAAGGCGCUUGGAGAAUUAGGAAUAUAUAUAUCCGAUCUUGGCACAAGAACCGUUGAGGACAACUUUAUGGUGAUGAUAUCAGGCAGAGCAGUCCCGGUUGAAACUAUUAAGGUACAGGGACCCAAUUUGCUGUCGGUGGAUAUUUUCACAGCAUGGAGAGAGAUGAGAUUGGAGCGUGGGUGGAGCAAUGAAGUUGUCGUCCAAGUUUUAAUGGACUGACCAUAUGCGUUUUUGGAAAGCAGUUGGAUAGAUAUAUUAAUUAUCUACUCCCUCCGUCAAAUAUCUCGUGUUAAAGCUCUUCUUUCAUUUGCUUUUCUUUUCUUCAUUUUCUUUUGCAAAGCCAGGUUGAAGAUUUGUUUGGCAG